AUGUUCGAGUCAUUGGAUCAGGUCAAAGAAGAAGAUUUAGGUAAGGAGUUUGAAACUGUGGAGAAGUACAGGGACACCUGGCUAACUUUGAGUGCUAGAAAGAAUGAGUUACUGGAAAAAGUCAAGGCCAACACAGCGUGUCCUACCGAAGUUUCUGCUGCUGCUCCUAGUGAUAACCUCACCCUCAAAUUACCUAAGUUGGAUCUCCCAAAAUUCGACAUCACGCCUAAAACAUGGAUCAGUUUUUGGGCAUAUUUCAAGAAAAUCCAUGAAAGAGAGGACCUGCCUUCUGAGGAUAAGUUCUUGAUUUUGUUGCGUAUUGCCAAGGAUGGUACCCAAGCAAAGGAACUGUUGAGUAGCUAUCCUGCAUCGGGGGCCAAUUAUCCGAAGGCUUUUGGCCAACUGAAAAACCGUUUUGGCCGUGAUGAAUUGCUGAUUGAGUUGUAUGUUAGGGAGCUUCUCUCAUUGGUCUUGGUACAGGCAUCGGGCAAAGUUUCUUUGACUCUCGCACAGCUUCAUGACAAGCUAGAAACCCAGCUUAUGGCCUUGGAGAGUUUGGGAGUUACAUCAGAAAAAUACGCGUGCAUGCUCGCGCCUUUAAUUGAAUCCGCACUUCCUGAGUCAAUUUUGCGGGAAUGGGAGCGUAAGCGGAAGUCGUGCGGCAUUGAUGAAUCAUCCCUCUUUGAGGCUGCAGAUCAAAUGGUGAAGUUGCGAGAUUUUCUGAAGAGAGAGGUUGAAAGCGAGGAGCGGUUUCUGCUAGCUAGGAGCACGUUUUCUGUCCCCAGCGCUGCACCAAAGAGCAGUGCUGGGAAUGUCAAGUCCUCGACUGGAAAGUACACCACAGCUGCUGACCUAGUUGGUAUUGAGUCCACAGAAGGCACUGAAGAUGUCAGUUGCAUUUUUUGCAAAAAUUCUCACAAUACCGAAUUGUGUUCAGAGGCGAGGGACAAGAGCAAAGAGGAGAAAAUUAAGCUCCUCAAAGCUAAAAGCCGCUGUUUUAAGUGUCUGAAAAAAUUCCACGGGAAACGGCCUUAUAAGGAAAAGCUGUGUUGCUUAGUUUGUGCUGAACCUGUUACUGUGAUGUGCCCAAUUCCUCGUAACCGGAAUUCAACGUCUAUUGAAAUUAGUAAGGCAACGAAGAAAGAAAACGAUGUAGAGCACAACUAUGCUAGUAUCCAGAGUGCACCAGUUUUGAUGCAAACGUUGAGGGUUCGUUUGAAAGGAGAAAAUCCUGUCACCACCAGGUUGUUGAUUGACACAGGUUCUCAAAGAAGUUAUAUAACUCAAGCGCUGGCUACCAGAAUGCGCUAUGAGCCGAUCCGCACUGAGAACUUGGUUCAUGCAUUGUUUGGUGGGAGCAAGACUGAACCCAAGACGCAUCAAUGCUAUAAGAUCCGUCUGCAAAGUUUGAUGAGUGCGUUUUCCUGCAACUUUGAACUUCUUGACUCGGAACAGAUUUGUCACGCCAUUCCCUCCAUUCCUAAAGGUCUAUGGGUAUCUGAACUUCGCGAGAAGAAAAUCGAGUUGACUGACGACAGAGAGGGCCCAAUUGGCAUUCUUGUUGGAGCGGACGUCGCGGGAAAGCUACUCACCGGGAGGCGCGAGGUAUUAAGCUGUGGUUUGGUUGCUAUCGAAACUAGCCUAGGUUGGACCAUAAUGGGCCGCGUUAAGGACGCUGAGACAAGUUGUAUGGUUAACAUCAGUUUGCACUGCGCCCAGGAGUUCGACCCUUCUGAUAUGUGGAGGUUGGAUGUGUUGGGCAUCGAGGACCCCGCUUUGGUUAGUACCAAAGAAGAGGCAAAAACGGUUGUGCGUCGGCACUUCUUGGAAACAGUUAAGAUUUUACCUGAUGGACGAUAUGAGGUAUGUCUUCCAUGGCUGAAGGAACAUCCCCCGCUGCCUCGAAAUUUCGAUCUGGCCCGUGGUAGACUUGAAUCGACCCUAGCCAAGUUACGUAACGGUCAUUUGGUGAAAGAAUAUGAAGCGGUGUUUCAAGAAUGGCUGAAAGAUGAAAUUAUUGAAGAGGUACAGCUUGAUAAGUGGGAUUUCGGACAUUAUUUGCCUCACCGAGCCGUGGUUAAGGAAGCCAGUACCACCCGAAUUCGUCCUGUUUUCGACGCCUCGUCCAAAGAGAAAGGCAAACCUAGCCUGAAUAUGUGUCUAGAAAAAGGGGAGAGUUAUGUAGAGUUAAUCCCAUCGAUACUUCUACGAUUCGGACUGAACGCAAUAGGCGUUAUUUCUGACAUAAGAAAAGCCUUCUUACAGAUUUCUGUUUCGGAAAAGGAUCGGGAUAGCUUGAGGUUCCUAUGGAAGGACGAGGUCGGAGAGAUGAAAAUCUACCGUCACAGGAGGGUGGUGUUUGGGGUGACCAGUAGCCCUUAUUUGCUAGGGGCCGUUAUUGACCAUCAUCUCUCAAAGUGUGAGGAAAAAGUGGCUUCAAAAGAGGUUCCUUAUGAAAGAUCUGUCAUCUCACAGUUGCGCAAAUGCUUGUACGUUGAUAACUGUGUGACUUCGGUUGAUGAUGAGAAGGAACUUUUGAGCUUCAUGUCGCAAGCCAGGGAAAUUUUUAUGAAAGCCUGCUUUGAUCUUCGUGGCUGGGAAUGGAGCGACCCCGAUUGUGCUGCUCACACCAGUUUCCCCGUUCUUGGACUUCUGUGGGAUAAAAAGGAGGAUAUUCUCAGGUUAAACCCUCCCAAGUCUUUGGAAAGUGAUGCCAUCACGCGACAAACAGUGAUGUCAGCAGCACACCGUAUUUUCGACCCGCUCGGUGUAUGUGCACCCGCCAUUUUGAUACCGAGAUUGUUAGUUCAAGAAAGUUGGGGUGAGGCUGGGAACUGGGAUACCCCUUUUAAUGAGCAAAGCCAGGCAACGUUCCGUAAGUGGAUGAGUCAAGCUGAUGUCUUGAAUCAAAUCGAAGUCCCACGAUGGUUGAAAUUGACCGUUGGUAAUGUGUCUCUACACACAUUUUGUGACGCAAGUCAGGUCGCUUAUGCCACCGUCUCAUUUUUGCGAGUUGAAACAGAUAACACGGUAUCUGUGAUAAUGGUGGGAGCGAAAGUUCGUGUUGCCCCUGUUAAGAGACCUACAAUUCCUCGCCUAGAGCUUCUGGCUGCAACAAUUGGGGCGCGAAUGGCUUCUAGUAUUGUAAAAGAGAUUGGCGAUGUAGAGUGCCAUUUUUGGUCAGAUUCUUCCACGGCUCUGUGUUGGAUCAAGAAAGAGGAACCGUGGGGAGUAUUUGUGUUCAACAGGGUUAAGGAAAUUCGUUCUCUGACUGAUCCUGAUACGUGGAAACAUGUGCCAGGGGUGAUGAACCCAGCAGAUCUUCCUAGCAGGGGUUAUUUUCCUGAAGAACUUCUUGACUCCAAAUGGUGGGAGGGGCCGAGAUGGUUGUACGGGCCGCGUUCUGAAUGGCCUAACUGCGAUGUCCCUCCUGAUGAAAAUGAAGUUCAAAUAGAAAGGAGAAAAACGCCUUUGAUUUCAGCUUUAUCCCAAGAAUCAGGUGUGUUUUGCUGCGAAAGAUUAGCCCGGUACUUUUCUUCUUAUCACCGGAUCGUUCGAAUGGUUGCAUGGAUGAUAAGGUUUCUGUGGAACAAAUAUUCAAAGAAGGAAAAGCGCUCUGGAGAGCUGUUUUUGUCGGAAAUCGCAAGAGCUGAAAAGGUGGUUCUGAAAUCGAUACAGGAUGAAGCUUUUGAAGGGCUAGGUGAUAAACAGCUGAAAAAUUUGAAGCCACACAAAGAUAAAGUCGGACUGAUGCGUUUGAGAACCCGUAUUUGGGCGAGAAAAGACCCUGAAGACUUCCGUGCACCUUAUAUUCUUCCUUUCCAGCAUGUCAUUGUUGACAGAUUGAUCCACGACUUGCACACGCAGAAUGGACACAUUGGAGGGCAAGGUCUUCUGAACCUUCUAAGAGAAAGAUUCUGGAUCGUUAGAGGGAGGCAAGCUGUGAGAAGAAUUGUGUCUGCGUGUGUGAUAUGCAGGCGUUAUAGGGCCAAGGCAUUGGAAAUCGAGUCUCCACCGCUCCCGGAGAAUCGGGUAAGGGACGCUCGUGUGUUCGAAAUCAGUGGCACGGAUUUUGCUGGUCCACUCUACCUUAAAAAUGGAGACAAAGUUUGGGUGUGCAUAUUCACCUGUGCUGUUUAUCGUGUCACACAUUUGGAAUUGGUUACUGCCAUGUCAACGGAAGCCUUCAUCAUGGCGUUUCGACGUUUCAUUGCGCGUUGGGGCAGACCUUCCUUCAUGUACAGUGACAAUGGUACAAACUAUAAGGGGUUCAAAAAUGCUCUCGAUGGAAUUGAUUGGCAGAGAGUAGCGUCCCGCGGUUUGGUGAACCAAAUUGAAUAG